AGAAUGAAGCGACACUAUUACGUGCAGAAAACGAAUAGUCAGGAAAAGUUGGGUGGUGAAUCAGCCGGUGUUGAUACGGCCGGGAUUUAUACGCUCACCGUGCCGAGGGUGGAGGUGGCAUUCCCUGGAGGUGGUAGCGAAACCGUCGGGAAAACUGCUCCAAGUCCUACGUUUACCGCGAUUCUACAGCGUCCACCGAAGAGCAUCGUUGACUUCGGGACGGUCAAUAUUUACGAGGAUAGUAGCAGCAGGUCGGGGAAUGGGGACGGGGUUAAGGGAGGUCGUAGUGGUACACUUCAAGACGGUAAGAUAGUUGAUCCGUCCUUCGAUGAUAAGAGCGAUAACAUCAGCAGCAAUCUCAGUGCGACGACGGCUAAUGACGAGGACAGUGAUAUAAUAUCUGAGUACAUUGGCCACUACGGUCGGUGGCAGUUUGGAUGGACGUUCUUGCUGUGCUUGUUCCAGAUUCCUACCACGUUUCAUAUCUUCUGUUUGGUGUUUCAGGCGGCUGCCCGAGACUUUUGGUGUGCCCGACCGGACCAUUUGGCUUCCGUACCGCUAGAACUAUGGCGAAACCUCACACAAACGACAGCCGCCAGCCAGUGCAGUGUACGUGCGGCACCGUACGAGCAUCUGACGGUGGACAGCAUCCUCGACUACUUCCAAGGGGCAACGAAUGCAACCGAAACGGAGCGCAUUGCCUGCAGUGCGUACGAGUACGAUGACACGGUGUUCGGCCAGACGAUUAUCGCCGAAUUUGGGCUCGUCUGUGACCGGGGCCAUCUGAUGAGCAUCGUGGAGAUGUGCUUUCUCGCUGGUGCCGCACUCGGCAGUGUUGGCAGCGGAUGGAUUUCGGACCAGUUCGGACGACGCCACACGCUGAUGGGGUUCGCCCUGAUCCAGGGUGUUACAGGCUUUGCACUCGGAUUCGUGACGUCGCUCGAGCUGUACAUGGGACUGCGGGUAGUGAUCGGGUUCGCGUCGAUGUCGGUCGCCGUGGUUAGCUUCGUGCUGGUGGUGGAGCUGGUAAGCGGACGGUACCGCACGAUCAUCGGCAUCCUCAACAUACUUCCGGUGGCCUUGGCCUACAUCCUGGCGGCGGGUAUCGCUUAUGUGGCGCGUGACUGGCGCACGAUGCAGUUCGCCAUUACCGUGCCCGGUCUGCUGCUCGUCACCAGCUGGUACUGGUGUCCAGAAUCUCCCCGCUGGCUGCUGGCCAAAGGUCGGCUCGAUGAGCUCUGCCAGCUGCUGGAACGGGCCGCUUCCACCAACAACCUACAGCUGCCGGUAAACUAUCGUAAAACGCUGCUGAUGGAUGGACCGGAAUCGGGCUACGAACCGGAAACGGCUGUCUCGGUCGGUGACGUAUUCCGGCGCAAGUUUAUACGCACCACGCUCGUCAUGAUCGUCGUGUGGUUCGGCAUCAUACUGAUCUACUUUGGCAUUACGCUGCACCUGAGCAAUCUUGGAGGCGAUAUCUAUCUGAACACGGUCAUUGCCGGUUCGGUCGAAUCGAUUGCCAUCUGUCUCAGUAUCGUGGUCGUGCUGAAGCUCGGAUUACGGAUUAAUUUAUUCCUCUACAUGGUCGUCGCCGGAUUGUCCUGCAUCGUGAUGAACUUCGUGCCGGAUGGUAACCUCUGGCUGAUAAUUACGCUGGCGAUGAUCGUAAAGUGCUGUGUUGGAGCGUGUAAUGCCAUCAUACCGACGUUUACCGCGUACCAGUAUCCGACCACGAUGCGUAACCUUGGUGUUGGCGUGGGGAAUUUUGCUGCCGGCGUGGCGCUUAUCAUUGUACCGUACCUGUGGCUGCUGGAGCAUGUCGAUCAGUAUCUGCCGAUGACGAUCAUGGGUGUGUUCAGUAUUAUUGGUGCCCUUUCGUUGGCUAUCCUCAAGGACAAACUAAGCAAAAAGUAUCGCCAACGCAAACAGGCCAAACUAGCGUCCGUUUAUCAAAACGCAUCCGCCACCAACAAGAACCAUGCUGCGAUGGAAAACGACAAUUCAAAACAGCGCACGGAUUCACAUUUCCCGUACGAUGCUGAAGAAACGGGCGGAAUCAGCAACAUUGGAUUUGCCCAUAACGAAAGCAUAUUCCUCUGA